AAUUUUGUCUUUUAUUUUAUCUUAUCGUCAAUUCCGUUUCCAUACACUCGUCAUCGUCCCUGCAAAUCUCGUCGUUCUACUCUAGGGCAAACAGGCAAAUCUUGAUGCACGUAAUGAAGUCUAUGUUUCAAAGAAAACCUCCAAUUUUAUCCCUCAGACCCGAGUUUCAUUCACAAUGCUCCUUAACUAAUCCCCAGUUUACUUGUUUCCAGGUUGUCUGUAAUUCCAGUUCGACGAGGGAAGAGUUUAUGAUGAAAAUUUUGGAUCGAAGAUGGACAUUGAAGAAUCCAGACACCAAAGUUCACCAAAUAAACGUUUCUAGCUUACAAACACAACCCACUUCUAAACUACUUGGGAACGUUUCCUUUUCAAACAACUCACAUCCUUCUUUGGGUGAGAAUCUAAUGGAAUGGCACAAUGAUCAGUCAUCAUUCUACAUUGUUCGUGAUGAUUUGUUGCAUCCGUUAGUGAAUGGCAACAAGGCCAGGAAACUGGAUGCAUUGCUUCCACUUAUUGAAGAUCAUUUAGGAACCGAUGUGGUCACAUGUGGAGGUUGCCAAAGUGCACAUACUGCAGCUGUUGCUGUUUCUUGUGCAGAGAGAGGAUUAAAGGCACAUUUACUUUUACGUGGAGAACAACCUCAAAUUCUUACAGGCUACAAUUUGAUUUCCAUGUUAUAUGGAAAUGUCACAUAUGUUCCAAGAUCUGUAUAUGCUAACAGGGAAGAAAUGCUGACAUCACAUGCUGAUUCAAUAUCUGGGACUGUUAUACCCCUUGAUGAUUUACAUUUACUCAAGGAUUCCUUUACAAAUCACAAGUCAACAAAGUCAAACCUUAAUCAGCCUUCAAAUUCAAAGAAGAUAGUAAUUAUCAAUGAAGGUGCAGGAGAUGCCAUUGCAAUGCCUGGCUUGAUUCGCCUUGUGAAAUACCUGUCACAAGAUCAUAUACUUGGAAAAAAUCAACCUCUGAAAAUUGUGGUGGAUUCAGGCACUGGAACAACAGCUAUUGGUUUAGGAAUUGGAGCCUUGUGUUUAGGACUCCCAUGGGAAAUAACUUCAGUGAUGCUGGCUGACACCAUUGAAGGAUACAGAAAACAUGAGGAACAUUUGAUAUCUGAGUUGUGUGGAUCCUCUGGCUUCCCUUUUGUUAUGCAUAGUGGACUUGUACAUUGGGUUGAACGUGAGCAUCCAAGAAAAUUUGGGAAUGUGUUGAAAGGGGAAAUAGAAGCAUGCCAACAGAUUGCUAAAGAAACGGGUGUUUUGGUGGAUCCAAUAUAUACAUUGGCUGCAUGGGAGCUUGCAAGUCAACUUAGUCAACAGGAAAAAAAAGGUGGUGCAAAAGUCGUGAUGCUUCAUACUGGUGGGACACUUGGCAUGUUUGGAUUGGCUCAACGCUACAAGUCUUACUUCUAAUUUUCAACUACUACUAAUAUGGGCAAUG